AUGGACUUAUCUUAUAAGGACACAAAUUUCAACAUUGGUGAUGGGGUGCAGAACAAUGAAUCAUUUGUUACUUAUACCUUUCAAAAUUCAACAAUCCAUACUUCAAACAUCAUCUUUUCUACUAUCAAAACUUCUAUCGUUGAAACCUCCACUUCUUUACCACCUAUUUCAUCACCUUUAACAACUUCUAUUCCAGUUUCGACUAUCUCACCAACAUAUUUCACAAUCAUACAUGAACCUAUCACCACUCUAUUAUCUUAUCACUCCACUAAGGUUGAAAGAAUGAUUCAUGAUGAAGAACCAAAUAAUGAUGAUAUCAUGGUAUCCUUUGAUGAUCUUCAAUUCGAUACUGAUGAAGAAAAUCUUCCUGGUGACUUGAAUAUGUCAGGUAAACAGUUCAAACUCCUCAACUCCACAAUAAAUUAUCUUCUUCAAAUACAAGAAGAUACUUGGGGAAGGCAUUUUGUGAACGGGAUCGAGAUGGAGUAUUUGUUAAAAAAUCAAGAAAAUUGCUUUCGAAGCUUAGUUGAAAUCAUUAAGCGGAAACAAGCCGAAAAGUUAGCAGUUCAUUCCAAAAGCUUUGACUAUGAGAUUCAGAAGCUUCGUGACAUAGCAAAGAAAUUUCAUGAAAUUUUUUGUUCAACAAGUUACGAAAAUAAAAGAAUUUGUGGAUCUCAAAGUUGCUGA